AUGAACCGGGGCACCGUACCAGCAGCUAAAUCGGCACGAACAGCCAUCGGCAACAUCCGAAAGGCCAUAGAGAGCGACAUGAGAAAGAGUCAGAGGCAGGAGACUUGGAAAUGCGCAGCGGUCGUGACAGACGCUCGAAACCCCGACCGGAUCAAAAUUUUAUGCAGAGACCAAACCGAGUUGAAGCAGGUCAAGGAAGCAGCGCAGAAGACGGUAACUUCGGGAGCCAGGCGUACCGCAGUGCUGGACGCCGAAGGCAACGUUCUGCCGGGCGCAGCUGAGGCGCUCGGAGCCGAGAAUUACGUCACGAUUGCCAAGAUCACCUGGCUUAGCAACAGAGAGAAAGCCAAAGCGUACGGGUCAAUGGUGAUCUAUGUCACCAAAGAGAGUGACGCGCAAAGACUUCUGGACGGCGUGUGGUUCGAUGUUGCGGGAGAGUCCGCCUGCACCAAUGUUUUUGAACGCCGCGUAGGACCGAUUCAGUGCUUCAACUGUCAAGAGAUGGGACACAAGGCGUUUUCAUGCAAGAAGCCGCAAAGAUGUGGCAGAUGCGCGAAAGCAGAACAUCACCACAGAGAAUGCAAGGAGACAGUGCCAAAGUAUUCGACUUCGGAUUUCGACAGACCGCGCUUCAGCUGCUGA